AUGGCGUUCCCACUUUUGCUCGCAUUUACCCUUUCCAGACAGCCCUCUCCGUCCAGAGUCACAGACACGCACUUAGUCUUUGCUCCUACUUCCCCUGCUCCUCCCCACAGCGUCACGCAGCUUGUCCAAGUAAGUACACGCCCCUGUGCACACAUUCCGCUCACUCACUGCUACGUCCUCCUCGUUUUCAUUGUGGUGGCUGUGGUUGUUGUUGUUCUUUUUUCUCUGCCUCCUCGCUCAAUUGCCGCCCUCGUGGCUAGCGAUGCCCCGCUGACACGCAGUAUACUAACGUCUGUUUCUCUCGUCCAUUUCAUCUUUUGUGCAGUGUCGGAAAUCCAAGAAUCAAAGCCUGAACCUCAGCCUGAGCAAAUCAUCCAGUCAAACCCUCAAGACGAUGACUUGGAUGAUGACGAUGACUCGAAGUCAAACAACACAGGCGCCAACGCUAAAAGAGAGCGCCGCAAGAUCGAAAUCAAGUUCAUCCAAGACAAAUCAAGAAGACACAUCACGUUUUCAAAGCGUAAAGCAGGUAUCAUGAAGAAGGCCUACGAGUUGUCCGUCUUGACAGGCACCCAGGUCUUGUUGUUGGUUGUUUCCGAAACAGGUUUGGUCUACACUUUCACAACUCCUAAGCUGCAACCUCUUGUCACCAAGGCGGAAGGUAAAAACUUGAUCCAAGCUUGCUUGAAUGCCAGUGAUGAGCAAUCGGCCGAUGACGAUGAAGCUCAGGCCCAGGCUCAGGCCCAGGCUCAAGCUCAAGCUCAGGCACAAGCCCAGGCUCAGGCUCAGGCCCAGGCUCAGGCUCAAGCCCAGGCCCAAGCUCAAGCUCAAGCGCAAGCACAUGCCCAGGCCCAAGCCAACUAUCAACAACCACAAGAAAUCCACUACGGUAACCAGCAAGCAUAUGGUACUGGUCAUAUGAACAAUGGUUAUAUCGGCAACGAUCAAGCAAACUACAACUAUGGUGAUGGAACUGGCUUUCAGUGA